AAUACGGACGAGCGGGCGGGUAGAUAGGUGAGUCUGCCUCUUCAGCGGCUCUAUCCCCCCGCCGCGCUCCCGGCCCUCACCGCGCGCGCCCUCGGAGCCAUGCUGAGGAGCUGCCUCGCGCGCCUGCGCACACUCGGGGCGCUGCGCGGCCCCCGGGGGGGCGCGCGCCCGCCGGCGACAGACACAGGACCCGCGCUGAGGUUGCUUUCUUCUGAGGAAGUCAUUCUUAAGGACUAUUCUGUCCCCAAUCCCAGCUGGAGCAAGGACCUGAGACUCCUCUAUGACCAGUACAUGAAGAAAUGUGAAGAUGGCUCCUGGAAACGUUUGCCUUCAUAUAGAGAUGUAGCUGUUCAAGAGACUGAAGACUUCAAAAACUUUUUUCAUGACUCCAAGCUUAUAAAAGAAGAACAAAUGCCACAGGCCCGGGUCUUCAUCAGAAGCUAUGAGGAUGGGCUGGGCUUUGAAUUUGUGAUGUUCCAUAAUGAUGUUGAGAAAAAGACAGUUUGCUUGUUUCAGGGAGGUCCUUACCUACAAGGACUAUCUGGAUGGCUUCACGGAGGUGCCAUGGCAACCAUGAUUGAUAUUACUUCUGGUAUGGCUGCAAGUAUAGGUGAGAGAAUUGUGACUGCCAAUCUCAACAUUGAUUUUAAAAGACCUGUCCCCCUUUAUUCUGUGGUUGUGAUAAAUAGCCAACUUUAUAAAGCUGAAGGAAGGAAAUUGUUUGUUUCCUGUGAUGUUCGAAGUGUUGAUGGGAAGACCCUAUACGCAGAGGCAACAAGCUUAUUUGUAAAGCUGGAUCCUGAAAAAAGUUCAACAUAAAAGAGCUUCUGGUGAAUUCCACACCAGCCUGCAUAAGGCUCCCCCUCCUCUUGAGGAAUCUGUUUUCCCCGGUCCUGCUCUACUUACCCACUGUUGAGUCCCUCAUAGAGUGAAGCCUGUUAACACUGACCUUCCUGAACAAUUAUUCUGAAUACAAUUCCAGGAGCUCUGUUUCCACCUACUAAACUUUUUAAUACAGAAACACUGUCUGUGAGAGUA